AUGCUACAUCGCGGCCAUGCCUCUGCUGAGUGGCUUGGCAUGGUAUGUUGCCUUCAGUUCAACCUCAUGAACUGGGGCCAUCUUCCAUACGCUGCACUUGGUGGCCUGACGCUUGUCACGACCAGGCAUGUCUUGCCAGACGAGGUUUUGAGCGUUUCUGGAACGCUAUAUUUUUGUAUGAGUUAUGGCCUGACCUAUGCGCUGACCCUCAACGGAAUCAAGUUGUGGUUUGGUUUUGGGGUCUACCCUUUCCUUGCCGAGAUGCCACAUGUAUGGCAGCACACGCUCUUCUAUUCUGUGUGCUUUGGCAUUUAUCGGGGGUCGGUGGAUUUCGUUUUCUGUGUGGCGUGCCGCGCUCUCGUGUUGGCAGAUCCUUGCUGGGCCCUCUGGGUGCUGGAAGGCGCGCUGGCCGCUGUUACAGCCACCGUUCUGUUCGUCGUUGCUGUCCGGGGACGUGCGGCCAAGAGGUCGGCGAGCCAUUCUGAGACGACCACCCAUUCCGAGACGGAGGGCACAGAUACCUCGACAAGUUCUGGGUCGAAGACAGAGUAUACGAAGCUGUGA